AUACUACAUAUAUUGGACGUCUUAACCGGCAUUUACUAAAUAUUCUCCUUUUAGUCUAACCACAAUACAACAAAAUCUUACAUCAAUUCAGCAUCUGCCAAUCUGACCUCUGCAUUCUUCACGGGUCCGACAAACGAAGUAGAGCUGUAAGGAUGAAGAUUGAAAACAGCCUGCCAUGCUCUCAGCUCCCCGAGGCCCCACCACAGACUGGGCUACAGUUUACAGUGGCAACAGAGGAGGACUUUGAUGACAUCAUGGCUAUGAGCAAGGAUAUCUAUGGUGGCCUGGAUUACCUUCCCUCUCGCUAUCAAGACUGGCUGCAGGAGAGCAACCGCACUGUUAUUUUGGCUCGCAAACAAGGCAAAGUGAUUGCUCUGGAGUCAGUAUGUGUUAUUGAUGAUGGGGAGACCAUGCUGGUGGAAGGACUUCGUGUUGCCCCUCAGGAGAGGGGGAAAGGUGUGGCUGGGGUACUACUCCGGUUUUGCUCUCAGCUGGUUAAGUCCAAGUAUCCUGACGUUAAAGUCAGCAGAUUGACCAGAGAUGACCAACUGGGACCAAAAGACUUCCAGAAGUACCGGCUCAUCACCAAACAGGGAAUCCUCCUGGUGCGCUUCCGUGCUGAAGACUUAAAAUUACGCCUUGCUGAUCUCGGGCCUAAUAUCAGUAUUGCUGGGAUGGGUCUGUCCUCCACAAACAUCCCAGUACAUUUGGAGCCUGCAGAGGUGCACCAGCUCUUCUUAAGUGAUGUUCUAAUGCAGGAUGUCCUCCCCAAUGCCACCAUCGUUCAAGAUUGGCAACCCUUCAAGCCUCUUUCUAGCAACAUGGCCAUUCUUCUGAAGAAGGACAUUGAUUGGAUGGUUGAUGAUGCCAUGCAUCCAACCAUGGUCAGCCUAUGCACCUUUCCAUUCCGUGUGCCAAUCGGUGAUGACUGGUACUACCUUAACAUCGACAUGUUUGGCAAAGACCUGGUGCUGGCCAUACAGCAGCUUUUGUGUCACCUAAGGUGCCACACUGGCACUCUAAAGGGUUAUGUGAUGUGUCAGGUGUUCCUGGACCCAGCACUCUGGAAGCCAAUGGAAGGCUUCUUUAGGGAGACGCUUAAGGUGGAGUUGGUGAAAGAAUACACAGAGCAGUGCGUUGUGGAGUCUGAUGUUGUUUAGUAAAGGGAUGACAGGAAAGGUCGAGGAGCCUCAGAAACCCCUUCCCUUAAAAUUAGACAACAAACUUACAUAAACAGCAAAGCCUCCUUCAAAUAUAACACUUAAAAGAAAAUUCAGAAAUCCCUAAAAAAACAUUUAAAAUAUAUACUCAAACGGGACGAAAGAUACUUCAAUUUUAUUCCGCUUGAUAAUGUAACUUUCUUGUAGAAUUUAAUUUAAUUUAACAACAAUUAAAAUUACGAAUUUAAUGAAAAAACAAAAAAACAAAAUGGAAGCUUGUUUAGAGUACCUAAUUUAUUUCCGUAUGCAGCACUGUGAACAGCGGCACUGAUGGUUGGAACAACUAGGGACAUUGUCCUGUGCUCUGGACGAGACAAGAGCAGCAGAAUAAAAACAAAUGGGGACACAAGUGAUAAGGUUUGUCCUAGGCUGUUCUAUUUCUGUUGGUGUCACUGGCAGUGAAUGCAUAUUUCCUCGUGCUGAGUUGCGAAGAAAACUGCACAAUCUUUAGGGCACUUUAUGAUCAAAAAUUGGAUCUCACUUUAGUGUCUGUUGCUUUUUCAGGAAUUUGGCACUGUAGCUGCUAAUAUUUAGAGGAAAAAAUAUAUAUUUUUAAUUGGAGACUUUAUCACAGGCUAUCCCUUGUUCAGAUCUAAUUUGUCAGUUUUAGUACAGUGUUAUUAAAAGUAAUCUAAUUUUAAGCAGUUUUGCUUUUAUAUUUGUUUUAAAUGCUCCUUAAAAAAUGCUGAAACACAUUAUCUUUAAAUCAUAUUUCCUCUAAAAGUACUUUGCAGUGCUUAUAACUCAGAAUCUAAAUAUGUCUGGCUGAGAACUUUGCUUAAACAUUUAGCUUACAGUCUGAAAUUAUUAUUUUUUUGUUAUGUACUUGAACUUAUUUGCUUCAAAAUAUGUUGUCAGUAUUUUUACAUUACUGUAGAUGCAAAGUGCAAAAUACACUGGAACAUUGUUAGUUGUACAUUCAGCUAGAUAUCAUUAAUAACUAUUAAUGAAACAAACAUAAUUUUUAUUUGAUUCAAUGUGUAUUUAUUAAUAAUUAUAAACUGACUGAUUCUGUUUGAGUGAUAGGAUGAUGUUUAAAUACAAAUGACAGGAAAUAUUAUUAGGGAUAUUUACAGUACACACUCACAUAAUUUUUUUUAUAAGUGUUAUUUUAGUGAAGACUUGACUUUUAUGAAAUUCAUUCAAAAUCAGUGCUCCAUGUGUAAAUACAUAUUAUAAUUCUUUCAUCAAAACCUAUCGACCCUGAAAAUAUGUAGACAAGCUUAAGAAAUGCUCCCAAAUUUUGUAUGUAUUCCACAAAGAGAGGGAAACUUUUUAUCCAGUGGACUCGGGAGAUUCAACCUUGCAAUCUGGAAAACCAAAUCCUUGUAUUCUGGACAGUUGAAAACCUCUGCUAAACAAGAAACAACCACUCAUCCAUUUGGGGAAACAAAAAAUGGAAAAAGAAAAGGGAAGUAUAUUUCCCUUCUGAAAGAUGACAGUGACCAGCUAUCCAUUGGAAAAGAAUAGAUGAAGUUACCAAUGCUUCUUUUCAAGAUACUGAAGAUAUAGGACAUACCAUCUCGUUCCCUUGACCUUGUCUUGGUAGAGAUGCCCACAAUAUAACCCAGAAAAGAUGAUCAGAUAAAAGCCUUCAAACAUCCCCAGAUCCAUAUUUAGUUCCUUUGCCCCAAACCCAGAUUGCUGCAUGCCCGAUCCCUGAUGUACUAUGCCAGAAUGAGAGAGAAAAAGAGAGAUACAGUCCACACUAGCAAAUUCAUCCCCCACUGUUCCUCUAAUGGGACAAAUUGUGAAGUUUAAUGAAACAAAAAUACAUUAUUAUCUAAAACAAGAUGGUUUCCCAUUAGGUUCUUCAUGCAGCAUUUAUUUCCAUUUGCCUAACAACAUAGGUUAUACAACAAAUUACAUGAUCAAUAUAUAACUUAUUAAUUAAUAAUCAGCUAGGUCUGAAAAAUUAGAAUUGGUGUCCACUAAACAGCCAAUAUCCUGAAUUUCUCAGUUCUUAUGACAAAUUAUGAAUCUGUUUCUUCAUUUGCUGGACUCAGAGCUGUUUUAAUGAACUUUGCUGGACUCAAGAGCUGUUUUAUCAGCGUCAACUGACGAAAAGGAGGCCUCCUUCAUUUGGACAGCUGCAUGUGGGACUUAUAUUGCAGUCAGUAUUUAAAAAGGGCAAGCAGAAAGCCUUUUUUAUCCUGGCAUAUGCACAUAUACACAUAUAUGUAAGGGUUGUAAGUAACAGCAGAUCUUUGUUAAACUUCUUGCAUGGCUGCAAUCUCAAAAUCUUUAAUUUCUGCCAGUGGCGGUUCUGACUUACUUGGUGCCCUAGGCGAGAUCGGUCGUGACCCUCCCCUCCUAGAUUUCAUUGAUGCAAAAUCAUCAUUGACUUCUUCAUAUCUGCCCAGCAAUCACAUGAUUGAUACUAAUUAUUGCAAGACCACUAAGAAGAUCCUGUGUCAUGGUGUAGCCUACCUAUAGGCCUACUGUUUAUCAUGGUUAUCUUAUGUUUGUUCAAAAUGUAAGAAUACAUUAUGAACAUCCAUAAUCCUAAACAUAUAGAGCCUUUAAGUCUGAGUAGCCUGUUAGGGCACCUUUCUCCCAUUGCGAUCUUGCAAGCUCUGUGCGGGGGCAGGGUGGCACAAUUUGGGGCACUUUUCUCCCAUUGCAAUUUUGCGAGCUCUGUGAAGGGGCGGCCUGGCAGGUACCCUGUCGUGCCACCCCAGAGAGCGUUGCUGCCCUAGGCGCCUGCCUAUAUCGCCUAUGCCAGGAUCUGCUACUGAUUUCUGCUAUGUAAUUUCAGAAGAAAUUGUUAAAAAAGUUUAAAAAUAUAUGGUAAAAAAUAGAGAAGCACAAAAACAGAAUAAUUUUUCAGUUUCCAUAAAGUAAAUGUAACACUUAAAGUAAACCCUUGGUAGUAACUCAGAAGUGUGCAAGUGAUCUUCAAAUUACAUUAGACCCAAGCUUUUGUCUCUUACAUGCUAUUUUUGAGUUGCCUUUUUUAUCCCUCUUAAAAGCUCACAUCAUAAUUAGAAAUGAUGGAUUAGAAUCCCAAAAUGUAGGUUUGCAGGUUUUGUUGUACAUAGUGCAGUGUAUUUAGAUUUAAGUGCUUUGUGUUGUGGUAGAGGAUUUGGUUACUGUCUAUUUUUAGUUGCUACUCUCUUUUUGUCACUUUUGUUUAAACAUUAAUGUGAAGGACAUUUGGUAAUUUGGAAUUUUGUUUAUAUUUCUUUUAUAGUUUAAUCUAUAAAAUCCACCUUCUCUUUUUGCACAUUCAAUGUCUAAUUGCCUUUCUGGGUAUUUUGCAAAUUGUGUAGGAAUUUUUAACCCUAUAUGUUACACAGGUCCAAAUGUCAGGCUAGGGCCAUACGUCUAUAAAAGGUUAGAAGAAUGUGACCACCUGAUGUUGUAGAGAUGUAAAGGAUACGCUGCCCCAAUGUUUCACUGGCACACACAGGGUGAACUUCAAACCCAUUUCCUUCAAUUGUAAUGUGGCUUUUCACUUUCUUUUUCUGGAAUGGAAAAUAAGACAUGUUGCAGAGGGAGAUGUGAGAUCCAUGGCUAUGCUUGGAAAAGUGAGGUGAAGACACGUGAUACAGAUCAUGUUACCUUUUAAAAGAAAGAUUAAACACUAAUUUUGUAUUGUGAAAUGGCAAAGAAAAAAGAUUGCUUGACAACGCUUUAUUUGUGAUAAAAAAGGGAAUCAUCAUUAGCACAAGAGCUGAUUAGGCCUGGUAGGCAAUGAAAUGUUUGUUCAUAAUUAGCUGCAUACAGUGUGUCUUAUUUAGGAUAACAUGGGUAGACCAAAGAAGAGUGUCCCAUCCUGACCUGCAUAUUUCCUUUCUGUCCCAUACUCUAUGAUAUUGUAGUUGCACAUUGCCUGGUUUAUCAGACUCAGCACUGAAGUAAUACCAUGGGUGCUGAGACAUAGAAAAGCAAAUAUACCCACGAGACUUGUUAUCCUGUAUGACUGUGGGCCAGUUAAAGUUUCAGGGCUUGUGUCCAAGUAAGUAAAACUUGAGACAGGGAGUGUCAUCUUGCGUAGAACAAGGGUUCACCCCAGACUCCCUUAAUUUCCACCUGAUCCCCUUCAGCAUGACACUGUAGAGGGCGACAUGGAAAGAGUGAGCAGGAGAGGUUAAAUUAAGAAGGCUGGGUUCCAGUUUUGUCAUACUAAUGCACUGUCCUGUGCUGCUUUGUACCUGUUCCUGAUUUUUAUAUUCUGUUUAUUUGACUAUAUUUGAAGGCUUUUUUUGUUUUUCAUUUUACUGACUGCUUUGUAAUGUUUUGAAGAGCUUUAUAUGUGUAUUUGAACUUGGAAGCAGCUAUGUAUGUUUGGUGAACGAAAAUGAAGGGAAAACCACCAGGGAGAUUUUCUAUUCCAAGUCAUCUUUCAAACAUUUCAAAAAGUAAAAAAAAAAAAAAAAACUAAACUAAACUGAAAGCCGUAAAUAUGUUACAUGAGUUGAAUUGCUGAUUUGCACUAUCAGAGCUCCAACUCUGCUUCUCCCUUUGUUGUUUUCCUAAGAAAACAAACAGUGGCUAUUAGGGGUUGCACGACGACUGAUUUUUAAUAACUGACUUGUCGAUUAGUCGAGUUGAAUUCAACUAGUUGUGACAUCAUUCAACCCUCGAACCACCACAUACCCACAGAAAUCCCACUACCCUACAUGUUCAAUCCUACAUUGCACAAUAGAUAGAUCUAUGUUCGCUACAAUGUAAUGGGUUUUAGCUAAUUAUAUGUAUUUACAAAAAUAUCAACAUACUGUAGCUAUAUGUGGUCAGACAUUAGAUAGUCUGGAUUUAUUCCGUCAGGUCAUCGGACUCCAACUUGAAGCACUUUUCUAACUGAAGGAGCGAACAGCAUCCAGGUUAGCAUAACACUAGUAUUUCUAUUAUAUUUGAAGGCCAAUUUGCAUAUAUUGAAGGUUACUGUAGCAGUUGUUUCAUCUUUAUCAGAGUAUCCUAUAGAAUGUUAUCAGUUUUGAACAUGAACAGUUUUGAUACAAUGUGCAAAUGUGCAUGUGUUGUACAGAUAUGGAGAACGCAUAAGAUUGUUGUUGACAUGUUGAUGCAUUGCGUUGUUGAGCAGAGCAACGCCGUAAACAAAACCAGUUCUGAAGUGCAUUACGUGUGUGUCUUUUAAUGUGAGUCUAACAGAACAUCCUAUAUUUGAGCCACUUCGCCUUUUCAGUGCAGAGCCACCGGUUUUACACCUGCUGUAUUUCCUCCAGACUAUUCUUAUAAAUAAUGUGAUGAGCGACUAGUCGACUUCAGGCUGACAGUGUCGACUAUGUUAGUUGUAGUCGACUAGUCUGUGCAACCCCUAGUGGCUAUUUACAGACUCUUCUCAAAUGGCUAAAUCACACAGGUAUGUUCACCUGUGGCGCACGAUGCUGUUUUAUUAAUCUUCUGCAGUAUUUAGGGAGAAAAUACAAGUUGAUUCCAAUGCAAAGUGUAUUGUAUGUCAUGCCAUGUCAGAAAUAUCUAACUCAGAUUGGAUUGUCUAGUAUAUUGAAUUUACCAUUCAUCUAACUAUUCUGAUGUGCUGCACUUUAUACUGUAGAUAUUCCAAAGCACAGUGGGGGAUCUUCACGAAACAUUGUGUGUUGCUGUACCAGUCAUGGUCAUUCAGUGGAUCAGUAUAUAUUUUUUGUAAGGGUUCCUUUGAAAAGGAGCAUAGGCCUGUCUGCAUAAUGUUUUUAAAUAUAAAUAUAUUUUUAUUGGUGUGCUCCUCACUUGAUAUUUAUAGUGGUAAUACAGCUCCUACUUAAUGACCAUGGUCUGAAUGAACCACACUGUACAUGUCUGAAACCAUUGCGUUGGCCUGAUGGACAUACAGUAUUAACCACUAUCAGCAAAGCAGGGACCAUGAUUUCUACAGAUCUCAAGAAGGUGGAGGACUGAAUGUCACCCAUUCUCUUGAUGCAGCAGUGGCUGUUGAGCUUGUUUUCACUCAAGUCUUCCCAUUAGCCCUAGAUACACACUGGGUUCCAUGAUUUGUGAGGAAUAUUUGAAAAUAACCUAUGAUGGGAAACUAAUGUUAAUGGUGUAUACACCAGAAAAUAUAUUUCUAGAAAACUCACAGCCAACUGUUAUUCAAGAGGGUGAAUAGAGUUUCAAUGUUAUUCAAUGGCAUUUUCAUUUUUUGUUUUUAAGAUUUUUUAUUACCCAAUAUGGCUGCUUAUUCUCAAGCAGUGACGAAAAAUGGAAAAAGUGUUUUAGUGUUUUGUUAACUUUGUUUCUUUUAUCAGAAAUUGUGAGAUUUGCAGAACUAUUUUAAAUACAGUAAUUUUUUUAAAAACCUUAUAAUCCAUGAGAGGUUUUUGAAAUGUGCAUGUUGUGUGAGUGGGUGGGGAAAGGCUUUACAAUGAAGAUGUGGCCAAGUUUACACUGCGCACAGUAACCUUGUACUGAUACAUUGACACUUAGAACCAAUCAAAUUGGAAGGGGCAGUAAUGAAAGAUUUUAGACAGAGUAUUUAAGCAAAAUUGUAGGUUUAGCCAUAUAAAUAUAUGAUAUACAUUUUCAGAGACUAUAUACUUUUUAAAAAAAAAUUCUCUUUUUGCUUGCGAUAUAUUGUUGUUGUAGUUGUGUGCAUCUCUAAAUACCUCUCUUUCUUUGUAUACUUAACAAAUAGCUUACCUUGAGCAUCUUAACAUAAAGUAUAUAUUUAAAAAUAUUUCCAAAACUAAAAACUGUCACUUCAAAUCAGCAUAACAGCAGCAGUCAUAUCAUGUGUGUGAACUCUUGUCAUAAGUAUAACUUAACAAUUAGCAAACCUGAGUUGCUAUUUUUUUAAGUUAGUAUCGCUCUUUUUGUUGUUGUUUUAUUUGAUUUUGUUUUUUCUUUUUUUAUAGUAAUCUGAUGACAUGGAUGACAAAGAUGACAAACAUUUACAGGACUAAAACAAAAUGUUAAAUUGAAUCAUCAGUUCGAACGCUGGGUGGUAAAAAUAUUUUCAGAAAUUAUUUGCAGAUUUUUUUUUUCAUUGACUUUACUACAUGUUAAAUUUACCAACGAAUGUUAGUAAGAAAUUGUCAAUGAAUGAUCCUGAAGCAUAUCCAAGUGUAAUUAGACAUAUGGUAGGAAGUAAUCUUACAUUACUGAGUAACAUAUAUGCCAAUGGCCAUUUAACUAGGCUAUGUGCAGAUAUAUUGUUACAUUAAAAUACAAUAUUGAAAUGUGUAUAUUGAAUAUGUAUAGGAGACAAAAUGACUGCACAAAUGUUUUAUCUCUAAUAUUAUACAGUAUGUAAAUAAUUUACAUUAAAAAAAAAAAGUUAACUUAAAAUGUCAGAGCUAUACCUCUGCUGUAAUUGGUGAAUCGUAAUUCUAUUUACAGUUUCCCAAAGACAUGUUUAAUGCAGUAGAAAACUAGAAGAUAAUCCCCUAUGAAAACACAUUCAUCAUGUUUCCAUCUUGCCUUUUAAACAUGACCAAAACUACAAGCUCAGUAGACAGGGUCUUUGACAAGAAUUUACCCAAAUGUUUGAAUUCUAAUAAUGAAUGUUCUAGGUUUUUAGCUUAGUUAGAAAUCUGUAUUUCUAUUCUAUAUAUAUCUUUCAUUGAGGUCCUUCAUAAGUACUGGAUUUUCUUUAACUUUAAUCCAACUCAGUUGUUAUGGCUGCAAUAUAUAGUUGCUAUACUGCAAAAGUUCAGAGUUUCAUGGUUUAUGUUACCCUGUUGUUGUAUUUUUGCUGGUAUUAAUUUACCAUUCAUUUAGCCUUUUAAAAUAGUGUUUAAUUUGUCAGAGUGUAUGUCAUUAUCAUUGUAACACAAUAACAGCAAUGAAUACUUUAAUAGCAAUAGAUGUUAAACAAUAAUUGCUUUGCAAGGAGAAAAGAUGGCAGAUAACAACUCAAUAUGAAGACAUGUGGCUAAUAUUUUUGAUCAAAUGGAUUUGUUAAGGGACUGGUGAGUCUUUAGCUAUUUGUUGUAGUUAUAAUGCAGUAUCAGGAUGAACAAAAUGUUUCCAAAUAGCAUAGUUAGAUGUGUUAUCUUUGCUAAGUGGUGUUUUGAAUUGAUGUAUUAGUAUAAUAAGUAUGCUUUAUUUUCCAAUGGUUAAUCAAAACUUAGUGUUAGAGAUAUUUGUGUGUGUGUCUAUCUAACUGUAUAUUGUACUGCUAUUUAGCAAUAAACCAACAAAGAAACAAGAAAAAAAAAAAAAAAGAAAAAAAAAUGAACCCCUAAUACAGCCCUUAAACAAACUAGUCAUCGUUACUAAUGGGCAAUGGGAGUUGAUUUCAAAAGUUAGAGGAAAAAGUUAAAGGACAAUUAUUCUGAUGAGAUGUUUUGUUUUAAUUAUUAGUUCUUGCAAAAGGAUAAAGGUCAAUGCUAUAGUUCCACUAGGUUUUUUUACAAUAUAUAAUAAUGUGUAAUAGCAGAUGCACAGCACAAAAUAGUACACAAAUCACAUUACUGACAAAUACCAAGACAAGCAGCUGAGAAUACACAGCACUUGCUAGGCUAGGCCUUAAUCACCAAGUAGAAACUCCUUACAACUGCUUAAUGCAACUUAAAAAAAAAAAAAAAAAAAAGAAAAAACAUUUUUAAAAGAUAUUACCAAUUAAGUCAGAUUUGUUUUAUUUUUUUAUUUAAUGUAUUUUUUAGUAUGGGCAUUAUUACUCAAAAACAACUGCACCAUAGUAUUAUAGAGAACACAUGCACAGGGCAGAACAUAAUGUUAUGCAGCAAAUAUGUAGAAACGGGGAAGAGUGAUAUAGGAUGGUAAAGAGUGAGAUACGGAAACAAAAACAGCAUAAUGGCAGUUGGGCAAAGCUAUGUGUGUGUGUAUAUAUAUAUAUAUAUAUAUAUAUAUAUAUAUAUAUAUAUAUAUAUAUAUAUAUAUAUAUAUCAG